UAUUAUCUAAUUUGGGUUUUUAUUUUUGUUAUUAUAGUAUCAAUCACUAUAAAUCCAAAUUCACCGCUACAAGUUGAGAUUGAUAUAAGUGUUCGUAGCAUGGGACCAAUCUCAGAACAAGACAUGGAAUUUUCUAUGGAUUGUUACUUCCGGCAAAAAUGGUUAGAUCGUCGCUUAGCUUUUGAUACUUUUGGUAAUCGCAAGGAUUUACCAAUCGCAAACAAAAUGCUAAAGGAUAUCUGGACACCCGACACAUAUAUCCGAAAUGGAAGACAAUCUUAUUUGCAUACAUUAACUGUACCAAACGUUUUAUUACGUGUUCGUUAUGACGGACAAGUACAUGUCUCCCAAAGGUUGACUAUUCGAGCAAGAUGUCAAAUGUUUUUUAAAAAAUUUCCAAUGGAUUCUCAGGUUUGUCCAAUUGAAAUUGGCAGUUUGGGUUAUUUUUCCAAAGACAUAAGUUACGUGUGGAAAGACGUAGAAUUAGAUUCUAAAAUGAGCAAUAUGCUCGCACAGUACCAAUUACUUCACGUUAUCAAAACAUCGCACAAUUUGACUGACUCACACGAUAAUAAAUCAGUAUUGAAAGUUUACUUUAAAUUACAACGUCAACAAGGCUUUUAUAUUCUGCAAAUUUACACGCCAUGCACGCUGAUAGUGGUAAUGUCAUGGGUGAGCUUCUGGAUCAACAAGGAGUCAUCGCCCGCUCGUGUUGCUUUAGGUAUAAUGACAGUACUUUCGGUGUCAACACUUGGCUUCGGUUCUCGAUCUGAUCUACCAAAAGUUUCACACUCAACAGCUCUCGACAUUUACAUCAUCUCGUGCUUUGGAUUUGUUUUUGCUGCAAUGAUCGAAUACGCCUUCAUCAAUUAUGCAAACCGAGUCUACCUGCGCCAAGAAGAACAUGACUUCAAAGGAUUGGAAAGCAGUGACGCAAAAAUCCCAAUAACUUCAGCUCGUAAUCACAGAGACAUGUACUUAUCAUUCAAAAUUCAAAUUGCAGUGCUGAAUCGAAUCACAAGCCAAGCAUCGAGAGCAAGGAAAAAAUUGAAAAUAAGAAAUCCCGUAAAUGCAGUAAGUCAGAUCGAUUCCGCUUCGAAAGUUGUCUUUCCAUCACUUUACAUCCUAUUUAAUAUUGUCUACUGGUUAGCAUUCCUUUACUGGAUUCCCGAUGAAAUAAGCAGUCUUAUUAAGUGA